AUGGACGACGAUGAAAUCCCAGAACUUGUUGACCUCUCCACCCUGCAGACUGCUGGUAUUACCACUCCCGAAUCGAAUCAGGCUGGUCAACCCGCCUCAAUGAACGCUAAAGUGGACAAGAGUGAAGAUGUAACAAAUGGACGAGUCCCGUUGACAAUCUUGACUGGCUUUCUCGGGGCCGGCAAGAGCACCCUGCUCAGACGGAUUCUAACUGAAAAGCACGGAUAUCGAAUAGCGGUCAUCAUGAACGAGUUUGGAGAUACUGCCGACUUGGAGACGAUCAACAUUUCGUCCAAUACUGAUAACACCGACGGUGAACUCGCUGAAGAAGUGUUGGAGUUGGCAAAUGGAUGCCUCUGUUGCUCUGUCAAAGACACUGGAAUAGCGUCGAUUGAAAAGUUGAUGGAAAAGAAGGGUGCUUUCGACUAUAUUCUCCUAGAGACCACGGGACUCGCAGAUCCAGCACCCAUCGCUGCAUUGUUUUGGGAAAACGAAGAAUACGCCACAGGCCUCGGGAGUAUGAUCGCGUUGGAUGGUGUCAUAUGUCUUAUAGACGCCGUCUUCGGACUCGAGCAAAUCGAGAAGGACAGGGCCAUACAUGGAAUUGGAGAAUCACUAAGGCAACUCGCGUGUGCGGACGUCGUGUUGCUCAACAAAUGUGACCUCGUCGAGGAAGAUAUGAUCAUCUCAACCGAACACGCCAUACGGACCCUCAACACAAGUAUCCCAAUCCAUCGCACCGUGCGCGGGGAGCUUUCACUGGACAAGAUUCUAAACCUCGACGCAUUCCACUCGCGACCACAACUAGCGUUGGAUUACGGUCAACUCGAUCACGACCACGAUCAUGAUCAUGAACAUGACGAAGGAGAAGACAGACACAAUCAUUUUAGAGGCAUCACAUCCAUGGUCAUUUCCCUUCCCGUUCUCACCGACUCUCAAGAAGCGUUACUCGACGAGUGGAUACGCAAGACGCUCUGGGAGGGAUUGUACGAAGAAGAGCCAGAUCUGGCUACUGAAGAUUUGUCUGGCACGGAGAAACCUGCGCGUCUCAAAGUGUUGCGGUGCAAAGGCAUCUACUGGACGAAUGCAGGUAAACAAGCCGUCAUUCAAGGCGUCCAAACGCUUUACGAAGUGACAGUCGUCGGACAUGAGCAACGUCCAGAAGAGGGCAAAAUCGUUUUGAUUGGAACCGGACUUGGUCCGCAUCUAUCUACGUCGUUACAGCAGUCGUUGCGAGCGUAG